AAAAAAAGUUGACAGAAUGAAUACAAUCGGUAGUGAAAUAGAUUUGGUUGAGAGAGAUCCCAAUGGAAUCAAUUCACAUUUAGGGACUCUACAUUUCAACGAUGUGUUUGGCGAACCCGAUGGAGUGCACAGUAUUGACUGUGUAUGGAAACUAUCUGCUAAAUGUUUCGUUUGUUGGAAGCUUCUUUGCUACAACAUAAUGACAAUAUUCUAUGGUGUCUGCAUUGCGGCUGAGUGGGGCUGUGAAUUUGCUAUCAUUGCUUUCUAUCAUAUCUGGAUCAUUUCACCUUGCAUGAAGAUUUUUGAAAUUAAUUGUGGACUUUGUCAAAGAAUUUAUUCUACUUGUGUUAAUUGCUGUAUAGUACCGUGGUGCGAGGCCUUCGGAAGUUUAUUCAGUGCCUUCAAGAAGUAAACCAUAGUACCAUUGUGCAAGGCCUCCGGAAACAUUUUAAUGCCUUC